GCUGUCAGAAUGGUAAAGAAAAACAUACACACACGGACACGCAUCCAGCGCCGAAAGCAAUCGCGAAACGACGCAGGCGGAAGGACUUUUUCGUGUAUAUUUUUGCGUACCGUACACCAAACACACAUACACGCAGCUCUCCGUUCACACGUACGUCACGCGUAAAAGCAGGAAAAGGACCACCAAGCUCGAGUUGGUCCGCAGGCAGCAGCAGCAGCAGCCGAAACUCGCCAUCACGAAGGCAAAGGCUACCUGGUAGGAAGCGGUCACACCUGCUAACGACCAUGACACCUGGUGGCGACGGUGGCUAAGUGGAGGGCCGGGAAAGUGUUUUAAAAUUUUGCUGUGGUUGAAAAGUUUACAAUUUCGUAGAAAGGAAAAUCUCUCCGUGUUGUGAAUGCACACAAAUCCAUCGAGUCGUGUGACGUGCACUGGGGGUGAGCCAAAGUGAAAUCCCUGCGUGAAUGUUGGCUGCGACAUUCCGCAUCAUAUGGCCGCACCAUCCACCCACGCGAACGAACGAAGAAAAACAACAGAGCUCGUUAAAGUGUUGCUGAAAAGGAAAACAUCUCGAGCAAAUGUGUCGGGGUGUGUGAUGGAUGAAGCGUGCCUGUGCAUCCCGGUGAAACGGCACGUAGCGGAAAAAUCACACCCACGAUGAGCAGCUGAGUGUGGGGCGGCGCGAGAGAACGGGGCCAGAAGAUACGCUGUUUUACAUCAGCACCGAGAAUAUCCGGAGCGUGGUUUGUUUUCAUUCGGCACGCUUGAGGAAUAGAGGAAUCGUUUCGCAUACGCAUUCGGAAGCAUACCCCCAGCUGAACCAUCCAUCCGAGAUCGAUGACUGCGUUAAAAAACGGUGUUGGCGCAUCCGCAGAUCAAAAGGCAAGAUUCUUCCUCGUAAUCAUGCGGCUGAAUUUAAAGUUCUUGCUGAUAAGCCUCUGCCUAAUGGUUGCACUCAUCACUUUCGCACUUUGGGCGAACUGUGGCGUUGGGCAUGGGCUUGUGCCGAAGUGGCCCCAGCAUCAUGGCGAUGGUGACAACUCAUUCGAACAGACGGAGGAAAUCGACUGCAUCAUCAACCAGGAGUAUGCGAUCGGCUGCCGGAAGGAGGGCGAAGAGGUGUACCUCCCGUUUUCCUUCCUGCAGAAGUACUUCGAUGUGUACGGGUCGCUAAACGUGGUCGACGGUAGCCGGCGGUUCGAUUGGACGCACAGCUACGGGAAGGUAAACUACCCGAAGGGAGCGUACGAUCCGCGCGGUAUUUUUAUGUACUUCGAAAACUACAACGUAGAGAUGCGCGACCGCGUCAAGUGCAUAAGCGCAAUCGAUGGUGUGCCGAUUUCGACACAGUGGGAAAGCCAGGGCUACUUUUACGCCACCCAAAUCGCACAGUUUGGCCUGUCGCAUUACAGUAAAAAUCUAACCGAACCGGAACCGCGCCGCAAGACGGUGGAGGACGGUGAACGGGAGAUGGCAACGUGGAUCAUGCCGAAAGGUAGCUCAAUGAAUCGAACGAUCGAUCGGAUGCGACCGGUCGCUGGUGGAGCGGUGCUUAGCUUCUCGACCGGUAAGUCAUUCGACACGGCGGUGGUGCUGCCGAUGGAUCACGUGCUGGACCUGGUGCUCAGUAUCGAUGUGCUGCUGAAGCCAAACUCAACGAUUUGCGUGACGCUGCAGAACCGGGAAACGCAGAAGCUUUAUCACGUUUACUACAUACUGGCGGAUCUGUUGAUCGGGGUGCAGGAUGAGAACAUUUACUACGGUAUCGGGCUGAACAGUACCGGGGCGUGGAAACAUUUGACUCGUGAUCUGUUCGUCGAUCUGCAGAAGGGACUGCCACAGUACGCGAGCACAGACAAGCGGCGUAAGAUGCGCCGGACCGAGCUGAAGGUGGUCGAGAUAUCGCUGCUCGGGAACGGGAGUAUCGAUAAUUUGACGCUUUCGACGAGUGAACAUAUAAGUCACUUUUAUGAUGCAGCCGAGUGGUUGAUAAGGCAUCAGGAUCCGAGUACGGGCGGGUGGCCGAUACCGGUGCGACGGAAGCUGGGUUCGGGAUUCGGCGAACUGGCACGCGGUUGGUACUCGGCCAUGGCGCAGGGUCACGCGAUAUCGCUGCUCGCCAGAGCGUACUACCAUUCGAAGGGCGAUAAGCGAUACUUGAGGGCAGCACUGGACGGGCUGAAGCUGUUCCGGAUACCGUCCUAUCAGGGGGGCGUGCUGGCAACCUUUCUUGGGAAGUACGCAUGGUACGAAGAGUAUCCAACGACGCCACACUCGUUUGUGCUGAACGGGUUCAUCUAUUCGCUGCUCGGGCUGUACGAUCUGAACUCAACCGCACCGGCCAAUCAAUCGAACGAGGCGGCGGUUCUGUUCGAACAGGGAAUGGCUAGUCUGAAGAAGAUGCUGCUGCUGUACGACACCGGUUCGGGAACGAGCUACGAUCUGCGCCACUUUACACUCGGAAUUGCACCGAAUCUUGCGCGCUGGGACUACCACGCAACGCACGUCAAUCAGCUGCUCCUGUUGGCCACGAUCGAUCCAGACCCGCUCAUCGCACAAACGGCGGAACGAUGGAAAAAUUACAUGGUAGGCAAACGAGCACCACACAACUAGACCGCACCGACACGGUCGACCAUUGUAGACCUGCAAUCUUCUCCACUUCCAUUUUAAAUGCCUUACACACACACACCAGAAGAAAAUUAUCUCCACGUCAUCUUUUACUCUUACUUAAACUGUUGCGCUUGCCGCCGGAAAGCAAAAAGAAAGGAGGGGAAGGGUUGGCCAAGCGGUGCAUUGUAACGAGCACACACAGAGUACAGAGAAACGUAAUGUAAAAGACACAACCGGACAGGGACCGAUCAGCAAGGGGUUCACACACUUCACCUGCAAUUGGUGAAGCCAAACGUAUAAGGCAGCAAGCGCUUCCCGAAUAGGGCCACCACCGUUUGAUGAUGGUAACGUGCAGCGAGGCUUUCGUGAUAUGAUAAUGGUACCUUUAGCGUGUAAACGAACGUUUUGUACAUAUGAGUAGAGACCUUUUCCAGAGCGCCCAGCUAGAACGCGUAGCGUCUGUCGUAGCGCAGCAGGAGAUCGCAUAUCCUCGUGUUACGGAAUCGGGUGCGAAUCCGUGUUUUGUACAUUGCACGACAAAUUUGUUAGAUGCUUUCACGACCUUUUGUACUAUCGAACCACUCUCAAUCUGUAGAGAUAUGCUCACGCGCUCACCAAUACAACAAUAAUCAGAGUAGUCAAGCGUAAUCAGUAGUAGACACCCCCUACAGGGAUAUGUGUAGGAUUAGGGAACGGGUGAGAGAGAGCGAGAGAGAGAGGAAGCAAAAUUAAACUGUAAAGAAGGUUGUAAAAUGAAUGGAAUUCAAUCCAAAAUAUCAUCGUAGAGUAAGGAUAAUACAACUAUCAUUUGUGAAAGAGACAAUUUGUGUAAACGAAAAAAACACACUCACACACACAAUCCUUGCCAUUGUUUUGUUGCUUGCCCGUUUCGGAUCUACUGCAGGGACGUUGCGUCUUUGAUAGGGAUUUUUAAGUUAAAAAUAGAAUAAUACAGUCCGCGCUUCGUGCAAAGAGUAUGAAACACUUCUGCUUGGUUGUAAUAAUAUUACAAAAAUAGUGUAAGUCCUGCGUAGACUGGCUGAUUUUCUGGACAAGACAAACUUCAUGACACUGCGUGCACAAUGAAACGCAUUUACUGUCUAUAGUAUUUAUAGAGAACAAUAUGGUAGUCAGCAGCAAGUAUAUGUAUCUAUAUACUAUGUCACAGAAAUACCAAUCAAUAUUUAGAGAGCUUACACUGGAAACAGUAUUUGAAUAAGUAGUUCUUUCCACGUGCCAGAGGAAGAGUUUGUAUAAUCCAUGCACAAAAAAACACACACAGAUUUUGUACGAGAGCCUAAUUGAGCUGAAUGAAUGAAGAAUUUAAGUUCGAGUUGUAUGUUAAUAGUUUAGAUUUGAGUUGAGUUUAGAGUUUAUCCGCAAAGCUCCUUGCGUAGCGCGUAUAGUUUUUCCCUAUCUGCUUUAAAAUUGUACCUUCAAACACGUUUAGUUGCUUUAAGACGUUUAUUUAUUUGUUAAAAAACUAAUGCUUUAAUGUGGAGGAGGUAACGAUGGCUCAAGUAUCAUCGAAUUAUAGCUCGAGUAUGUGUAUGAUUUGAAAACAAAUGUGAGAGCGAUUUGUAGCGUGUAGAGAUUCCCUUAUCCCCUUAACAAAUAAGGGCAAGAAAAGACUAGACUAGUAAACCCUACCCUACUGGCGUUUGGUUCGCUAGCGUUGCGGUUCAGAUUCCUGUUACAAACAGUGUUACUUACGAAUGGCUUAUUUUGUACCGUUUAUCGAAACCUUUUCAAUAAGACUGCGUCCAAAUGCGAGUACGGGGUGUGCAUUAAGUUCAACUGCACUAGCAGCGAAAGGAUACGGUAGGGGGAGAUGAAGACAACACACGAUCCAUUCCUAGUAAUGCGCCGCUAUAAUACAAACAAACAAAACUUCCAGUUUGACUGCGAAACCGGCAGACAGUAUCUAGUGUACCAUAGAUAGCUAGUAUAAUAUCGGCACGUAGAUCGUGAUCAUAUCUCUGUAUGGAAAUUGUGGUGUGCAAAAAAACAAACUCUGAGCCCUUCGGAAUCCUGCAUGGCGCAUCGUGCUGUAAUAAUGGAAGUAGUCGAUAAGCUAGUAAAUCAAUAAUAUCUCCACAACCUGGAGUAGAGAGACCGAUUGGACGCGUUGGCUGUUUGGAACGUUUUUGUAAUAAUGGAUCAGGAAGGCCGGGUGGCAAGAAUUCAAAAAACACUCUCGACAAUAACAAGCAUAGAUGGGAAGCUGCUUGCAGGAAACGACAAGAUAGACAAGGACGUGCGAGUACAUAUUGGGGUUUUUGAACCGGA